UAUUCAAGCUUUCUCCCGCACCUUCAUCACAAUCCCUUCUUCAAUCUCUCUCUCUCUCUCUCUCUCUCUCUCUCUGUCUUUCGCAAGACACAAAAACACAUAAUGGCUCUCAAGGCCGUCCACGUCUCCGACGUUCCUUCUCUCGAUCUCGUGCCUGAGAAUCCCUCUCUCUCCCUCCUCUCUUCCCGUUUCCCCAACGGGUUGGAGAUGAACGGUGGUGGAUUCAAGAUGCCAAAGUUCGUUGUAAUUGGACACAGAGGAAACGGUAUGAAUGUCUUGCAAUCUUCGGAUAAGAGAAUGAGAGCCAUCAAAGAAAACUCCAUCAUGUCUUUCAACGCCGCUUCAACGUUUCCCCUUGAUUUCGUUGAAUUUGACGUUCAGGUGACGAAAGAUGACUUCCCAGUCAUUUUCCACGACGACUACAUCUACUCUGAAGACAAUGGUGCUGUAUUUGGGAACAGAAUACCUGAGUUAUCUCUAUCUGAGUUUCUUUCCUAUGGGCUUCAGAGAGAGCCAGGAAUUGAAGGAAAGAUUUUGGUUAGAAAAACAAAGGAUGGCAAGAUAUAUAGAUGGGAUGUUGAACAAGAUGACACACUCUGUACCCUUCAAGAAGCAUUUCUCAAAGUGGAACCUUCUUUGGGUUUUAACAUUGAGUUGAAAUUUGAUGACCAUAUUGUUUAUGAGCAAGCUUAUCUCAUUCAUGUCCUUCAAGCAAUCUUAAAGGUUGUUAUUGAUUAUGCUAAGGAUAGGCCUAUUAUAUUUUCAACUUUUCAACCUGAUGCAGCGGUACUCGUUAGGAAAUUGCAAAGCACAUAUCCAGUUUUCUUUUUGACUAAUGGAGGUUGUGAAAUCUAUGAAGAUUUGAGAAGAAACUCCUUGGAGGAAGCCCUGAAACUCUGUUUGGAGAACGGGUUGGAAGGAAUUGUCUCUGAGAUUAAAGGGAUAUUUAGAAAUCCUGGAGCAGUUACCAAGAUCAAGGAGUCAAAUCUUUCUCUUUUAACAUAUGGCAAAUUAAACAAUGUUCCAGAAGCGGUUUACAUGCAGCACCUAAUGGGAAUCGAUGGGGUGAUAGUAGAUUUUGUGCAAGAAAUAACAGAGGCCGUUGCGGAUAUGAUGAAGCCAGCAAAGAUUGGAGAGGAAGAGGGUUUGAAUGAAGGGAUUGGGAAGGUGCAAGUGAACUCAAAGCCUCAGUUUUCACAACAGGAGCUGUCUUUUCUUUUCAAGCUCAUUCCACAACUAUUGCAGCUCUAACAAAUAAGAGAUGGCUUUUAAUUGAUUUGGCAAAACACGCUGAUCAUAGUUUAGGAGUGAACACAAGUAGUUGAAUUUGGGGACAGUUCAAUGAAUGCUUAAUCCUUUUGUACAUUUAUAUUUUAUUCUCCUCACUUGAGGAUGAAGGAAAUAGUGAUUAUGUAUGAACAAAUAGUUUGGAGGUCCUCCAUUGAAAUUGAAAUGAAAAUAUAGUUCAAAAUUGGCAGAUGCUUUCUUUUGUGCACAAA